AUAUAAGUAAAUACUUUUACACAAAGUUACCCUUGAAAUUUAUAAAAAAUCUAAAAAAUGAACACGAGUCUUGCGAAUGUGCUGAUCGGGGAAGAUUCUGCCAAUGGGGGUGCCCAUCCUGGCGACUUGGCCAAUGACAUAAUUGACGACUUCCUGACAAAACAUCCCAAUGAAGGCCACUACGAAGAGUCUUACUCAUGGCAUGAGCCCUGCUUGGCAAGGAGCAGGAGCAAGUGCAGCGUGGAUCGUCGACUCGAGUACUGGAAAAACAUGCUCAUCCAGAGAAGAGCCCUGCAGGAGAGACUGCGAAGCCAGACGGGCAGGGGACCAGCCCAAAUGCUUCACAAUCGUCCUCAAGGUCCUGAAGAUUUUCUGGAGAUAGUGGGCGUACCGCAAGGAACACCUGGCAGCGCUAUGAGAGAGAAAGAUGAAGUACGUUUUUCAGAUCGUGAUGCCAUAUGCGGCUGCGUUCCCGGCCUGUCAAGUCCCAGCCAAGUCUUCCAGGGCUUCAGUGACCUGGACUUGGGACUCGACAGCAGCAGUUCCGUAUCCAAGACUGAGUCUAUCCUCCUUCAGCAGCGGUCCGGAUCCAGGGUAGGAGUAGGAGAAUCUCUCUCCCUUAAGUGCGUAGACGCCAGCCCAGACCUAUGCAUUCGCAUCAAUGGGAUAGCCUACAAGCCGGGCACGCCGGAGUUCUCGCCGACCGUGGAGCGCACCUUCACCUGCCAUCCUUUCCAGCGCCACGUCCGCAUGGUAGUCCGUAUCGAGAACAGUGGUCGGUCGCUCCUGCAAUGCUGCUGGCAGCGUGUCAACUUUUUCUCAAACAAUAGGACGCUUCUCCGGGACGGUUCCAACAACUUUCUGUUCGACACUCAAGCCUUCCAACUCCGUACCGGCGAAUCCCGCGACGUGACGAUGCUCUACCAGCCGCGCACAGUGUCCAUUGUAAAGAUGCGAUGGCUGCUUUACACCCGACCUCGUAUUUUCUUCCGCCGACCCUACGGUCUUACUCUAAAUAUCCACGGACGUUGCACCCCGCCCAAGGAGUAUCUGGAGCGGCUGAUGGUAGAGAAUACCCGUGCCCGGCUCUUGCAGUUGGAGUCAAGUGGAUCUGACGAUGAGGAGAUGGAUGAGGAAGAGGAGAAGGGCAAGUCUUUGAUCUGCCCGUAUUUCCGGGAGAUGGAGGAACGGGAGGUAUUCAACAUUCUCAAUCGGAGCUAUAUCUGCCAUACCUAUGAAGAUCUGGAAAGGCUCCAUGCCAUUUUCGAAAAGAUGAAUAAAUCGUCUACUUGUUGGGACCUCAGCGUACAAAGUCUCAUGCACCUCGUACUCACUGUGCCAGAUCUUGAGGCGCGUAUCCAAUUAUCCGAGGAACUAACUACCCUGCUGAAUGGAUUGAGGAAUCCUUCGGGACCAUCGCUUUCCAUUUCAGACUCCCCGCGGCUUCUCCAGAAGCGGGGCACUUCGGAGCUUUUCUACGUCCGUGGACUUAUCGUUAGUCGCCUAGACGAAUGGGAGCAGCUGGCGAUGGAGCUGGAGGGAAAACCAAUCGAUCGCAAGUACUUCAUCAAAUGCAUAUACACGUUGUUGUACGGAACGAUUGGCAACACCGUGGAAGAUAUAGUGUCCAUAAUCGAGUCGAUGGUUGAAUCUAGUGAAUUCUAGUGACCGUUCAGGUUUCACCCAUUAAAUAUUUAUUUAUAUAUUAUUUUAUAGUUCUGGGUAUGAUUUCUAAUGAAUUCCAUUUUAAGUUAUAUCGUCAUUGGUCUGAGAAUAAUCAAUUAUACAUACAAG